UGGCCAGGGCCAGGCUGGGGCCUGCGAGGGGGGCGCCGCCCCGAAUCCCCCGGACCCCCGACCCCACUGUCCCGACCAGUAGCCAUCGUUCGGCCUCAGUUUCUCCAAACUGGGCGGGGGGUAUCGGGCACCCCAGUCCAAUGGCCCCUCUCAGCCUCUGAGACCCAGGACUUUCUCUCCUCUGCAGCUCCUGGACUGACCGGCGCUGUCCUGCCCCAUGGACGCCUCCUCUAGCCCGUGGAACCCAACCCCGGCUCCCGUCAGCAGUCCCUCCCUGCUGCUCCCCAUCCCCGCCAUCGUCUUCAUCGCUGUGGGCAUCUAUUUGUUGCUGCUCGGUGUAGUGCUGCUGACGAGACACUGCCUGCUGGCCCAGGGCUGCUGCACGGACUGCAGCUCCCCCUGCAGGAAGCAAGGCGCUUCCCGGCCCCAGGACUGUUGCUGGACCUGUGCGGAAGCCUGCGACUUCCCUCUGCCCAGCCCUGCCCGCUGCCUGGAUGCCUGCUGCCCCCAGCCCACCGAAGCUGGUUGGGCCUCUCGCUGCCCUCGCUGCUGCCCACUCUGCGACUGUGCCUGUGCGUGCCAACUUCCUGACUGCCAGAGCCUCAACUGUCUCUGCUUUGAGAUCAAGCUCCGAUGAGGACCCGGAGUCCUUGCCCUUUGGGGAGCGGCCAACCUCCUGGGCCCACAUGUCCCUUUCCCUGAGGGGCGACUGGACACCCUUCUCUAGGCCACAAAUGGCCUGCCCAGCUCAUCAGCCCGGGAACCAGCUGUGGAGAGCCUGGCAUCCUGCAGAGCAGGACUCAGAGAGCCCUUGGCCCGCUGGACUGCAACCCCUUUGGGGGGCCAGGAGGGAGAGGGGCUAGUGCUCUGGCAGGUGCCCCUCCCCGCCUCUCCUCCUCCCCACAUAAACUGUUAAAAUUGAAGGUGAGGGUGGGAGACACUACUCACCACAGACCACAUUAUGGGACAAAC